GAAUAACCUUUUAUCAAUUAAGAAAAAUAGCAUUCUCGCCGGUUCUCUGAUCACAAGCAUCCGUGGUUGGAGCGAGGCCAUGGUUUGAUGGUCCCCAGAGGAGAGAGAGUUUAUUUGGAGGGACUCGAAGAGAGGAAAAAAGAACCAAGGAACCGUUUCCACCCAACUCCACGAGGUAGUUCGAUUCCAGAGAGAGAGGUGGGGCGCGGGGGGGAAGGGUUGGGUCGAUGAGCUCGUCGGCGGCGUUGGAGUGGAAGUUCUCUCAGGUGUUCGGCGAGCAGUCUCCCGGCGAGAAAGUUGAUGAUGUCGAUUUCAUAUCUGCGGUUGAAUUUGAGAGCAGAGGAGACUAUCUUGUGGCUGGAGAUCAUGGGGGUCGCAUUAUCCUUUUUGAAAGAACAGAUGGGACAAAUCUGCAUCCACGGAAAGAGUUGGAGCACAUGGACUAUCCUGCUACAGUGCAUCCUAGAUAUUUUUACAAGACGGAGUUUCAAAGUCAUGAACUCGAGUUUGAUUACCUGAAGAGUUUGGAAAUUGGGGAGAAGAUCAACAAACUGAGAUUCUGUGCUACACCCAACAAUUCUCUAUUUAUACUUUCUACAAAUGAUAGGACAAUUAAGCUAUGGAAGGUUUCAGAAUGUAAGGUGAAGAGAGUCAAGGAAAUGGAACUAAGUCCAAAUGUUUCCUCAGAAAAUGCACUUCUUUCUGGGAAGAGUUUUGUGGCCGGGCUUAAUGAAUCAUCCAUCCAGAAUGGUUAUCAUCUUGAAUGGAUAGAUAAAAAGCCUAGGAGUGUUUCUCCAGCACCUGAGGAAGGCCCUAACACGAUAUUUAAUGUUGGAGAGAGUUCUGUUGCAAGGUGCCGGAGGGUGUACGCACAUGCUCAUGAUUAUAAUAUCAAUUCUAUAUCAAACAAUAGUGAUGGUGAGACAUUCAUAUCUGCUGAUGACCUCAGAAUAAACUUAUGGAACAUGGAAGUUAGUAAUCGAUGCUUUAACAUUGUUGACCUGAAGCCACUGGACAUGGAGGAUCUCAUAGAGGUCAUAACAUCUGCCGAGUUUCAUCCAGAUUACUGUAAUCUCUUAGCUUACAGCAGUUCAAGAGGUUUUAUCCGAUUGGUUGACAUGCGUCAAUCGGCACUAUGUGACCAGAAUGCAAAAAUAUUACUAGAUCAUGAAGCUCGUGGAUCUAGAUCCUUCUUCACCGAGAUAAUUGCUUCAAUUUCUGAUAUAAAGUUUGCAAAAGAUGGAAGACAUAUUUUAAGUCGGGACUACAUGAAUCUAAAGUUGUGGGACUUGCACAUGGAAAGCUCUCCUAUUGCAAUUUUUAAGAUAAAUGAGUAUCUUCGCCCCAAGCUAUCUGUGUUAUAUAAUCAUGAUGCUAUUUUCGACAAGUUUGAGUGCUGCAUUAGCAGGGAUGGACAUCACUUCGCAAGUGGAUCUUACAGCAAUAUUUUCAAAGUUUUCUCUCAUGAUGGUGGGCAAGAUGAUGGAAUUACAUUGGAAGCUAGCAGAAACCCAAACAGGGUAUCACAUUGUCGAACUGCCACAAGAACUGCAGGAUUGCUAGGCAGCUUUGCCUGUGGACUCAACCGAAGAGGACAUGACAAUACAGGUUCUGAUGCUAGUGAUGAGAUCCCUUGCAACUUGAAAUCCAAACUGAUCCAUUUGGCCUGGCAUCCUACAACAAGCUUAAUUGCCUGUGCUACUAAAUGUAGCUUAUACAUGUACUAUGCAUAGAUCAUUUCAUUUAUUUAUUUACUUAAUGUAUGCUGUGACAGUUGGGGGCAAAAAAGCACAGAGAUUCAAUGUCUAGUUA